CUAUUUAAAUAUAGAUAUUUUUAUAAGGUAUAUAUUAACGAUAUUAUCGUUUUUUCUAAAACGUUUAAGGAGUAUGUAGCCUACUUAAAGAUUAUACUAAAGCUAUUUAAGAAUAUCUGGCUAGCACUUUCUUUAGUAAAGUUCUUUUAUACCUAUAUU